GUACUGCAGCUUCUUUUUCGGUGAUAGUAAACAUGUGAGCUGUCAAAGUCAUGGCGGAAAGGAACUUCAAGGAAUCGUUCAAAUUCUAUAAAGCGCGCUUUCCAGCUCCUGAUCUCAGUGAAGUUCUUGAUGUGGAUAAUGCUUCCGAAGAGACAUGUUCCCCAUUCAAGGCACAAACAUCCGGAUCAAAUCCAUUUCCGCUAAUUCUAAAACCGCCGGAUAAAUGGCUCUGUUACGAAGUAAACAAUCGUCCUGGGUUGAUAUUCAUUAGGAAUCCGUUCACAGCACUUGGCCAACGAUAUUGGGUCGUUCGGAGUGUACGUGACUACCCACAGGCGCCAAAUGUAGUCAAUCUAAUCCCAAAGAAAUUUGAAAAGGAAGUCAUCGACGAUUGGUGGCGAGCAUUCAGGUCGGCCAAGGACCCAAAAUUCAGAGAGAACUUGAAGGCAUCCAUGCGCUGGGCAACACUUGGAUACCACCAUGAUUGGGAUACCAAAGUUUACAGUGAAAGCAUGAAAAAUGUGUUUCCCACCGAUUUGAGGGAGAUGACGAAAUUCUUUGCGAAGGCUUUAGGCUAUGGAAAGUAUUCUGCCGAGGCGGCAAUCGUCAACUUUUACCCUCUGGGUACCACUCUGUCCGGUCACACGGAUCAUUCGGAAGCGGACUUGGACGCUCCUUUAUUUUCAUUCAGCUUUGGUCAAAAGGCAAUCUUUCUGAUAGGAGGGCCCACCAAAGAAGAGCCAGCAACAGCAUUAUUUCUCAGGAGUGGUGAUGUUGUUGUUAUGUCAAAGCAAAGCAGAUUAUGCUACCACGCUGUACCUAGAGUAAUGAAGGAUUGUCUGGAACCUUGGAAAAACUUAGGGGAGUCAAGUACAACCGUAUGUGAAAAAGACGAGGUUGAACAGCCAAACUGUAAAAAAAUGAAGGAAGAAACUUCGGAUUUAUUAGCUGAACUAUUAGACGAUUGUCGCGAUGAUUCCUUUUGGAAGCCAUUUCAAAGUUAUUUGGAGACAACACGUAUAAAUAUUAAUAUAAGACAAGUUUUAAAAGAUGGACAAACAAGUUUAUAGCAAUAAAUGUA